ACCUUCAACAAGCAGCACUGGAGGAACCCGCUACCACUCCGGCCUCAGCGUGAACGCGCAAACGGAGAGGAAUUACUUCCGGAAAGGCCCUCAGCCUGAAGAGCUCCGAGACCAGAAUCCAGACUCAGUCCAGGACAACACGGUCCACCAGUCACAGCGGAGACCUGCAGGACGAUGGAGAACCAGAACCCGGACCACAUGAGCCAAACAGCAGCCUCGUGCUCUGAUAGCGCCGAUGUUCAGAAACGGAGAGGAAGAGGUGGACACAAACGUCACCGCUGUCGGCUCUGUCACAAAUCCUUCACAACAUGUUGGUAUUUGAAGAUUCAUCAGAGAGUUCACACUGGAGAGAAACCAUAUAAAUGUGACCAAUGUGGGAAAGCGUUCUCUCGAUCAGGUGGACUAAAUGUCCACCAACGUGUUCACAAAAAGCAACCGAACAGCUGUGACCAACGUAAGAAACUUUUCACUACUUUUAGGAACCUAAAUGUCCACCGGCGUGUUCACACUGGAGAGAAACCUUACAGGUGUGACCAAUGUAGGAAAGCUUUCAUUACAUCAAGUAGGCUAGAAAUGCACAAACGUGUUCACACUGGAGAGAAACCGUACUGGUGUGACCAGUGUGGGAAAACUUACACUACUUUUAGGAACCUACAAGUCCACCAACGUAUUCACACUGGAGAGAAACCAUACAUGUGUGACCACUGUGGGAAAACUUUCUCUACAUCAGACGAAGUAAAAAAGCACUGUCGCGUUCACACUGGAGAGAAACCUCACAAGUGUGACCAAUGUGGGAAAGCUUUCAGUGCAUUAGGUAACCUCAAAGUCCACCAACGUGUUCACACUGGAGAGAAACCGUACUGGUGUGACCAAUGUGGGAAAGCUUUUACUUCAUUCGGUCACCUACAUGUCCACCAACGUGUUCACACUGGAGAUAAACCGUACUGGUGUGACCAAUGUGGGAAAGUUUUCAGUACAUCAAGUACGUUAAAUACCCACCAACGUGUUCAUACUGGAGAUAGACCAUACAGCUGUGGCUACUGUGAGAAAACCUUUACUCACUCUGCGGGUUUCCUGAACCUAAAUGUCCACCGGCGUGUUCACACUGGAGAGAAACCUUACAGGUGUGACCAAUGUAGGAAAGCUUUCAUUACAUCAAGUAGGCUAGAAAUGCACAAACGUGUUCACACUGGAGAGAAACCGUACUGGUGUGACCAGUGUGGGAAAACUUACACUACUUUUAGGAACCUACAAGUCCACCAACGUAUUCACACUGGAGAGAAACCAUACAUGUGUGACCACUGUGGGAAAACUUUCUCUACAUCAGACGAAGUAAAAAAGCACUGUCGCGUUCACACUGGAGAGAAACCUCACAAGUGUGACCAAUGUGGGAAAGCUUUCAGUGCAUUAGGUAACCUCAAAGUCCACCAACGUGUUCACACUGGAGAGAAACCGUACUGGUGUGACCAAUGUGGGAAAGCUUUUACUUCAUUCGGUCACCUACAUGUCCACCAACGUGUUCACACUGGAGAUAAACCGUACUGGUGUGACCAAUGUGGGAAAGUUUUCAGUACAUCAAGUACGUUAAAUACCCACCAACGUGUUCAUACUGGAGAUAGACCAUACAGCUGUGGCUACUGUGAGAAAACCUUUACUCACUCUGGUACCCUGAAACGCCACCAUCGUGUUCACACCGGGGAUAGACCAUACAGCUGUGGCCACUGUGAGAAAACCUUUACUCAGACUGGUGCCCUUAAACGCCACCAACGUGUUCACGCCGCUUCAUUUUAAACUAUCAGAGCCAAGAGAGCUGUUUUUCAUUUCAUCUCCUCGUGUUGUCUUAUUAGCAAAGAAUAAGCUCCCGACAUGAGAGAAACUGGACUGUCUGUGUACAUGCUUUAACUUACCCUGCUGCUCGUUAGUCCCAUCCAUGACGAAGAUUCAUGUCCAUUAGCCAUCUGGCAAGCCAAAUCCAAAUACUCAGCAUUCGUGAAUGGCAGUGCCCAGGGUCCCUGGAAGACUCAUUAUGAAAAAAUAUUGCGUCUCCAGCCGCUGCUCCUCGAGGCCCAGCCCAGCAGCCCACUCCACAGUGGAUGAUCAUCCUGACAGCUUGUCCGGAGGCCUGUACCACAAAGCAGGAUUUGAGCUUAUCCAGGUAACUUCAGGGUUAACCCUGGGUUUUCUGUACCACAACCAGGAUAGAUCUCCAUGGUAACUUAUGCUGAACGGCUAACCGGAGCAGGUUAUGUUCCAGAUAAGAGAUCAACUCAAAACACCGCCUACUGACCAAUCAGCUCUCUUGGAAAAAGACAUCACCAUCUGUAGGAAAUCCCACAGACUGUUUUAGAGGCUGCUUCAUGUUUGCUGCGGUGAUACAGAGAAACUUUUGUCUAUAGCGAUAUCAUCCUAUAGAGACUGAUUAAAAGCCGUAAGCCAGUGGUUGGCAAUAGGCGGCCCGCGCGCCAGAACCUGGCCGCCAGCAAUAAUAUAUGUCCAGCAGCCAGAUUGCUUUGAUAGCAGAAAAAUAAAAAAUAUAAAUAUCCGUUGUAUGUUGGAAUCGAUCAUACAACCCUCCCAACGGAAGUCCCAUUCCUACCAAUUGAGCUAAACAUACGAAUAGACAUUUAAGGAUUUGAAAUAAUUGGACUCUCUUCUGGCUCGCCAUGUAACUGCUUGACAAAACUUUGGCCCGAUGUCAGACUUAUUUGCCUAACCCUGCCUUAGGCUUUUGUAGGCCUACAGGCUUUUACAGUAAGCCUACUAACUGCUUUGAAGUGUGUUUUUCAUAUUUUUUAUUGCACCCCAGUCCGUUUUACACAGCCUGGAGCUCAGAGACGCUCUGCUGGAGCUACGGUGAGGAGCUCCCUAGCUCCCACUAGCUCUCACUUUUCAAGGUGAGUUGUUAAUUUGUCACAUCAAUUACAUGACUUAAAUAAUAAUUAAAACAACCCUUAUCACUUCUCCUCUCCUGAAAACAUUCAUACCAGACUUGCUAACCCUCCCGUUGUUCACUGCACUCUCCCAGGUCACUGCAGGAUGUUUCAUGUUACAGUAGGUGAGUGGUGGAGGCUAACGUUACGCUGACAGACAUGAUUGUAGAUUUAUUCUGAAACAAGGCGGCACUUAAAGUGAACGGUCCUCUCAUUUCUCCCUAGUUCAUUACUUCUAAAUAUAACGUUACAGCAGCUAACGCUGCCUGUUGCUAAAUUAGCCACAAAGUCAAUGCCAUGUUUAUCAGUGGAGGAGCACUAACGUUAAUGAGCAAUUAAACUAUAGUUUAUUAACUAUAAUCUAAAUAUAUCUGCAAGCUGCUUGUUUCUAGUUACAGUCGGCGUGUCAGAAAUGAUUAAACCAGAGCGGACUAGUGAAUAAACGUGAGCUGUACAAGUGUCUAACACGGCUUCCUGCCUGACAAAGUUCUCUAACGUUACCUCUUCUUUUAAAUGUGAAACGUUAGUGUGAAAUCUCGAAGUUGCAGGUAGUAACUCAGUAAUGAAUGACAGCUGGAGAACAGUGUUAAUUUGGUAAAACAAUACGUGUAAGUGGCCACCAGAUGGAGCAGAGGAUAAGAAGUUCACCAUAAAGAGAGGAGUGGUCAAGCCAACACAGACGUGAAUAUAAGGCGAUGUCUGCUGACCACAGGUCAUUUAGUAUUAGCUUAAUUAAACAGUCAAUGUAUCAUAGACGAUAUGUUUUAGAAAGUAGUCAUUGUGGCAGAUUAUAUGUAAGGUAAUAACUACUGCAUGACAAAAAAAAAUUAUAUAUAUAAAUAUAAAAAAUGUUGUCGUCAUUAUUGUUAUAGCAAUAACAUUAGAUAUGAUUUAUGGAUAUAAGGGUAAUUUUUAUAUAGUUUCUAUUUUCCUUGCCCCCACAAUACACUUCUUUACUUUUAUGUUCAUUAGUAGUAGCAUGCCAUAAUUUAUAACAAAUCAUAUCUUUUAGCAUUUCUUUCUGUAGUUUUAUUUGACUUUUAUUUAUCAAAAGCUUGAUAUAUUUUGUUGUACUUUUGUUGAAAGUACUAUUUAUAAUAAUUUUUAAAAAUCCCAUAUUGGUCUCUAGAUUAUGACUUCACAAUCACAGGUCCAUGAGUAAACUGAUCUGUUUGACCCAUAUUUUCAUCCUCAGUUAUUGUGUAGUUUCCAAUAUUUAUGCAUUUGACUCACAACAGUUUAAAAUAGCACUGUAGCAGCAGGACAGAGGGUCAGAGACCUUCUACGGGGAGAGCAGUGAUUGGUGGUUAUGUAGGGACUGAACCCUUCUAUAGAAUUUGACCUCUAACCCCUGUUUUUGUUACCUGAGAAUAGUACUGUACCCUUCUAUGGGUUUGACCUUUUAUUUUGCAGACUCAAACCCCUCUAUGGUACCUAACAGAUACCUAAACAUAUCCUAUAUAAGCGUUGUUUGACAUACAGAGAGACCGACUGGCUGGGUCACUCCAACCUGCUGCAGAGCUUGUAAUUGAUGCUGGACUCUUUGAUUUAAUAAACUUUUAUGAUCAAGAACAGUGUCAAGCGGGUUUCCUGUCAACACAUCAUCGCAGCAUUAUUGUUCGGACACCACAAUUGCCACCUGCACUUUGUCCCGACAGGUUAUAGCUGAAUAAAUAUUACUACCUAUUUAAGAAUCGAUUGGAAUAUGAUAUUCAUAGUUUUCAGUCAUGUGACAUGCGCGGUGACCUGGAGGGCAAAAUAAACGAACCAGAUUCUUCUUUAAAGCGGCUCAUUAUCCGCUAUACAUUUGAACUCAAGCCCUCGUAGCUCUCUCCUUCUUUUAGUGACUCGCUAAAUCCCACAGUUUCAGUUUUGCUGUCAGCAGCAAACAUUUAUGUUUAGCCCCUUCUCUGCCUCCUUUAGUGAUAAUGUCAGGGCUGCCAACUUUUCAGUUAAGUUUGGAGUGAGAUUCAGUAUUGGAGGUCAGUUCAUUUUAGGCUUUCUCUGUCAUAUCCCACUGCAGGGGUCGGGGUCAUCAUUUUAUUUUAGUCUUUUCAAUGUUUUCUUGCUUUUUUCUUGUAUUGUUUUUGUAUUAUUGUCUUUUGGGUAUUAUUGUCUUUACACUUGUUAAAGCACUUUGUAACUUGUUUUUUAAAAGUGCUCUACAAAUAAAGAUUAUUAUUAUUAUCAUUAUGAUCACUCUUUAAUGUGCAUACCACAGCCACAUGUAGCCUAUAUGUAGAUGAAAAACCAAGUCAAUAAUCAUGACAAGAUCAGUGUGAAUUUCCUGCUUUCUGGUGAAAUUGUCUGCAACA